AUUAAAGUCCAAAUUCCCGUUUGUAUCUUUCUUUUCUCAGAGUAAAGAGUUCCAGAAGCCAUAGCGGAUCAGGAAUUCCUAAAGACAUGGAGGUGAACGAAUACCAGAAGGAUUCCCGUUUGUUUCUUUCUUUUCCCAAAUCAAGCAGAGCAACGAUUCUUCCGGAAAAAAAGCGGUACAAGAUUCCUCUCAAGAGAAAAGUUCCCCCCAAAUCCAGGCUUGGAAUUGAUCUUCACUUUGUGGAAUUGUUACCCAACGGAGAAGUUAUACUGGAUUCUGCUAAUAGCAAGCUUUACAGGCUCUCUUUCUCAUUGUCUCUGUAUGCUAGACCAAAACUUGUAUCUGGAUCUGCUGAGGGAUAUUCAGGACAUAUAAAUGGGAAGUCUAAGGAAGCUAAGUUGAAACAUCCCAUGGGGCUCACAGUUGAUGAAACAUUGCCAAUCCUGACAAUAUGGCAAUCAGGAAGAUAGGUGACACAGGAACCACUACAUUGCAGUAGGCAAGAAGAGUUGAGGAGAUUGGUCUCAUUGUAUCUGCUCAAAAUAUGAUAAUGGCAAGUACCCUUAAGCAGAAGAAGGCAGCCCUGGAAUUGUUGUUGCCUUACCAACGAUCUGAUUUUGAGGACAUUUUCCGUGCUAUGCAUGCAUUAGACAAUCUCCAGCAUCUCAAGCCAUUUCCAAGCCAUUUUAUUAAAGCCCAGAGUUGCUAUUACAGUUCUUGAAGAACAUGAGAUGUAAGAAAACUACAAUAGGUAGAAACUCGAAGUCUUUGGAAUCCCAUUGAUACAGCCUCUUGUAUAUAAAAAGUGUACUCAACACUCUGUUAAUAGUAUCUAUCAAAUAAAUAAGUUUAACAUUAUAAUUUAUUUAUUAACUUUACAACUAACAAAACUAUUCAUGGAAUACUAAUGAAACCCAAAGCAAUUUAACGUGGAUUUAUGUCACCAAGACUUUCAAUCACCACCUGCUAACUUAUUUGGUUAUCAAAAUUCAAAAGGCCAAAUUAAUGUUAAUAAAAAAAAACGACCAAAUUAAUUUGCACAGAUACUCCGGGUGAAGGUGCGGC